AUGCAAACAUACUACACAGAAGAUGAGCAAUAUGCAGAUUAUUCUGAACAAUCCAGUCAUUCCAAGUACGCAUGUGCUGUAUGUGGACAGCCUAGCAAUGGGUACCACUUUAGAGUUCAGGUAUGUGUAGUUCUAUAAUUAAAAAAAAAUUUUUUUUAAAAAUUUUAGAUAAUUUAUUAUACUAUUAAUAAUAUAGAUAAUAUAAUAUAUUAUCUUAUACAUUAUAUAUUGCUUUUAGUCCUGCCGAGCCUGUGCUUCAUUCUUCCGCCGAUCAGUAGCCGAAAAAAGAGCAUAUGAGUGUAGAAGGAACAAUAACUGUGAGGUUAAAGGUACGUCAAUUUUAUAUUUAUAUGGUUUUAAAAUUUUAGGAAGAAUGCGAAAUGUUUGCCGGGCUUGUCGAUUUCGAACUUGUGUGGAAUGUGGAAUGCAAAGUGAGUUAUGUUAGGGCAUUUGGGUUUAUAGGCUACUACAAGAUGUGGAAAGUUUCCACUGGAAACUAAGAUUAGGUUUACUGAAGCUAAGCCUACUAAGGCUAAGCUAACAGACUAAGCUUCUGAGUCCACGUUUACUUAGCAUAUGACUAAUUUUAUAUUUCAGAAGACGAUGUAACAAACGAAGUCAACAGCGAUUCUCCACCAAAUGGGACUUAUCAAACUAUCACAGUAUGUCUUACUUAACAACAUUUUAAUAUAUAAUAGUAACAAAGCGCCUUGUACUUUAAUAAUUGUAAAACUUUACUACUAUUACAACCAGUAUAAAAUUAAAAAUACAGUAAUCCUUUUUCAUCUCACUUAUUUUCAGACAAUAAUAGCCCCACCAGUAGAUCCGACCUUGCCAUUUGAAGUAAAGUAUCCCACAUUACAUCGACUGAUAAAUGGCUAUGAAAUAUUUUUAAAUGCUCAGAAAACAAUCUUAAAUGCCAAAUAUGGAGAUGAAAUACGAGAUGGGAAAAUGAAAUUAAUCACUAAAAAGGAACAGUUGAACAUUGAAAGAGCAUGCUUACAUUUACUGUACAACAUGUUUGAUGGGUACUAUGAUCCGAUCAAAAGCUUGGUACAACAGCAUAAGGUAGGCGUUGUAGAAGGUCUACGAUGAUGUAGAUUGCUGAAGUUCUAUUGAAAAGUAGCUUAAAUUUUUAUUUUUUUUCAUAUUUUAAAAUUUUUUAAAAAUUAUUUUGUCUUAAAAUUCUGUACAUUUAAAAUCUAUGUCAAUAUAAAAAUAAAAUAAAAUUUAGUUGACACUAAUAGAAACAUUCUGGCGACAAAGCGGUAUCAUCCACAGAAGCUACCUCACCUCUCUACAGUACCCCGAAUUAGACGAUACUCGGAUGGUAAUGUUUCCUAGCCUUUAUAUGGACAAAAACAGGAUGAACGAGUACUUGGCCACAGAUGUACCUCAGAAUCACAUGGAAGAUUAUAUAAAAUUAAGGGCACCAAUAAUGGACAGAAUUUUUCGGGUUGUACGAAAAGUCAAAGAGUUAAAGCUGAGCGUUGGGGAUACUGUAACAUUGAUUUGUACAUCGUUGUGGUCGGAUGGUACGUGAUCUAUUUUAUAUAUUAUGAUGUAAAAAAUAAUUAUUUUAAAAUUUUUUAAUUUUUUUAAUUACUGUUAAGCCUAAAACUAAUUAGUCUACUAAGCCUAAGCCUACUAAACUUAAGCCUACUAAGCUUAAACCUACUAAGCUCAAGCCUACUAAGCCUAAACCUACUAAGCCUAAGCCUACUAAGCCUAAGCCUACAAAGCCUAAGCCUACUAAGCCUAAGCCUACUAAGCAUAAGCCUACUAAGCAUAAGCCUACUAAGCCUAAGCCUACUAAGCAUAAGCCUACUAAGCCUAAGCCUACUAAGCUCAAGCCUGUUAAGCCUACCAAACCCGUACCUAAAAAUUUUAAACCACUUUUUUUAGCUGAACGUCUAAACCUAACAAAUCCAGAAAUCAGUGCUCAUCAGAAGACCGUAAUGAACGAAUGGAGCUCCAGUCUGCAAGAAGUUUUUGGCCCUAUUGAAACAUCUGUCAGAAUUGCAAAAUUAAUGUGUUUGUUGGUCGAUAUGAACCAUAUCACAAAUGCAUUGAAGGAAGAACGUAUGUUGACGCGAAUCUUCUGUCCGUGUGUUGGCGACGAUGAAUAUCUAGAUGGAGAAGAUGAUGAAGAGGCUCAUCAUUGCACAAGAUAUUGA